ACCACCGACCGCACGACCUCCAUCUCCACUCCAUCGUCUUGCCCGCCCUGCCGUCAAGAUGAGCUUCAUGCAAAAGCGCGGUCUCUCGACCCUCAUCCCCCCCAAGAUUGCUUCCCCCAAUGCUAUCGGCUCCUCCCCUAAUGCUGUCCGCAUGCAGAAGGUCGUGAGCUUCUACGAGAAGCUGCCUCGUGGCCCAGCUCCCGAGCCCGAGGCCAAGGGUCUUCUCGGACGCUACCAGAAGAAGUACAUGGGCAAGAACCCUUCAGCAAGGCCCCUCGUUCACGUCAUUGGCUUCUUGAUCGCCAUCGGCUACGCGCAGAACUACUAUUUCCAUCUACGCCACCACAAGAACAACGAGCACUAAGCGGGUCCUCUGGAUGCGCUGCAUCGUCACGGGCGAAUAGACCGGAUGUGUAUAUGUAAAGUGUAGUUGGUGAAUCAAACAUCUAGCCAAGACAGUCUGUUCUCCUAUCAUGCAAAUGACACUGCCCUCUUUUUUGUCAACAUCCACACGUGUGCGGCGGCGGAGGCCCGGACAGCUCUCAUGGGGCCGGCAAAAUCAUUCUGAGCGAGGAUAAGGUAGUACAUCAUGUGCAGUGCUGUGGAAAUGUAGUGGGUCUUAUCGUCUCGUUUCUAGAAAUACACCUGUCAAAGAA